AUGUCCACAGCUGUACUGAACGCGGCAAAUCCUGCACAACCGAUCAUGGUGGACGUUGGACCACUCUUAAUAGCAAGACCACCACCAGUGAUGCAUCCGGCCAUGGUUCCGUUCCAAAGAUCGUUCUUAGCGCGCAAGGACUCGAUUCCACAUUCGACACCGGAGAAAAUCAGCCCAAUGUAUCCAAAGUUUUUCGCCGAAGACCAUGUUCGACGACCCAUAUCGCUGAACUGGAUCUUCACUUGCUGUUUGAAUGGCAAAUCCGCAAUUUGUUGUGCAGGACUUUGUCCUGGUCCCAUACCUGGAGCAACGUCGUAUGCCAUAGAGGCCAUGAAUAAACCAAAGAAACCACCAAGAACGAAUCCCGACACUCCGGACAUCACUGCUUUUCCUGGACACGACGAGAUGAACUCCAUAAUCUGCUUGGCUCCUUGUUCGGCCUGUUCCUCCUGGGUCAUCUCUUGGAGAGACCGCUUUGGAGGCGGCAACGUCGAUCUGCGUCUUUGUAGUUGGAAUGACAAUUUCGAGUUCACCGUCCUGGGCGUUCUUAGUGACCUUGGCUUCACCCAAGUCGUUUCGCAAGUCGUCACCUUUGGUACCCCAGGAGAUAUCGUGGAUGUUACAGAAUGCAUAGAUGUUCAGAACGUUGAUGUAAGCUGGACUCAACAGCAGGUACUGAACAAAACUAGUGAACAUGUGACACGGGUCCAGGAAGAUGAAAGAUCCAAUGAAGUAGAGAGCAUAUGUGCUCGUGGUUGCAACGAUCAAAUCACGGAAUUUUGUCUCUGUAAAUAUCAGUUUCACGCUGAAAUCGUUGGAAUGGUCCUUGAUGAUUGUCUGGAUACUCUUUACUGCCAUGAACACGGCAGCAAAGAUCAUGUAAACCAUGAGUAUUGCGAAAAAUGUCACAAUAAUUAA